AUGGAGGCUGUCCGCACCGUGCGCUUCCUGCUCGUGCUGUGCGGCUGCCUUGCGAUCCCGCCGCGGGCAGAGCCCGUGUGCCCAGAUCGCUGCGACUGCCAGCACCCCCAGCACCUUCUGUGCACCAACAGGGGGCUCCGCGCUGUGCCCAAGACCAGCUCUCUGCCUAGCCCCCAAGACGUGCUCACCUACAGUCUAGGUGGCAACUUCAUAACUAACAUCACCGCCUUCGACUUCCAUCGUCUGGGACAACUCCGACGGCUGGACCUGCAGUACAAUCAGAUCCGCUCUCUGCACCCCAAGACCUUCGAGAAGCUCUCGCGGCUGGAGGAGCUCUACUUGGGAAACAACCUCUUGCAGGCGCUGGCGCCGGGCACGCUGGCCCCCCUGCGCAAGCUGCGCAUCCUCUACGCCAACGGAAACGAGAUCGGCCGCCUGAGCCGCGGUUCCUUCGAGGGCCUGGAGAGUUUAGUCAAGUUGCGGCUGGAUGGGAACGCCCUGGGGGCACUGCCGGACGCAGUUUUCUCCCCCUUGAGCAACCUGCUCUACCUACAUCUGGAGUCUAACCGGAUCCGCGUUUUGGGCAAGAAUGCCUUCGCCCAACUGGGCAAGUUACGCUUCCUUAACCUCUCUGCCAACGAGCUGCAGCCCUCCCUACGCCACGCGGCCACCUUCGCACCGCUGCGCUCCCUGUCCACUCUCAUCCUCUCUGCUAACAGUCUGCAGCACCUCGGCCCGCGCGUCUUCCAGCACCUGCCGCGCCUCGGCCUGCUCUCGCUCAGGGGCAACCAGCUCACGCAUCUCGCGCCUGAGACCUUUUGGGGGUUGGAGGCCCUUCGUGAGCUGCGCCUGGAGGGCAAUCGGCUAAGCCAGCUUCCCUUGGCUCUGCUGGAACCUCUGCAGAGCCUGGAAGCGCUGGACCUAAGUGGUAACGAGCUGUCUGUCCUGCACCCCGCCACCUUCGGCCACCUGGGCCGGCUGCGCGAGCUCAGCCUGCGCGACAAUGCGCUCAGUGCCCUCUCCGGAGACAUCUUCGCCGCCAGCCCGGCCCUCUACCGGCUGGAUCUAGACGGCAACGGUUGGACCUGCGACUGCCGGCUUCGGGGCCUGAAACGCUGGAUGGGCGACUGGCACUCGCAGGGCCGGCUCCUCACGGUCUUUGUGCAGUGUCGCCACCCCCCGGCCCUGCGGGGCAAGUACCUGGAUUACCUGGAUGACCAGCUGCUGCAGAACGGGUCUUGUGCGAAUGCCUCGCCCUCGCCAACCGCCGACAGUAGACAGCGGUCCCCGUCCACAACUGCCAGGGAGGAGAUGACGCCCCCUGUAGGAGAUCUCGUGGAAGAGCUGCCACCGCAGCCGGAGCCCCAGCAGCGGGGGCGAUUUCUAGCUGGGGUGGCCUGGGAUGGGGCCGCCAGGGAGCUCAUGAGCAACCGUAGUCUAAGGUUGAGCCGGCGGGGUCCGGGCCUCCAGCAUCACGGCCCCUCUGCUGUUGCGGCAGUGGGCCGUGCUCCACAGCCCCUGGACCUUCAUGAGAAGCGGGAGCGGGUACGUCCGACUCGUGUGGAUCCCGUCCACACGGAGCCCACCCCGACUGCCGAGCCUGCCUCUGCGCCACUGCCUGCCAGGGACUCCAAGGAGCGCGCAGCAAAGCAGCGCCUGGCCGCGGAGCAGCAGGAGCACGCUGCCCAGUCAGAUGGCGGGGUCGGGCUUCCGCCUCUGGUGUCGGACCCGUGUGACUUCAACAAGUUCAUUUUGUGCAACUUGACGGUGGAGGCGGUGGGCACCGACAGCGCCUCGGUGCGCUGGGCCGUGCGCGAGCACCGUAGCCCGGGGCCGCUGGGUGGCGCGCGCUUCCGCCUGCUCUUCGAUCGUUUUGGCCAGCAGCCCAAGUUCCACCGCUUCGUCUACCUGCCCGAGCGCAGCGACUCGGCCACGCUGCGCGAACUGCGCGGGGACACCCCCUACCUGGUGUGUGUGGAGGGCGUGCUUGGGGGCCGAGUUUGCCCCGUGGCCCCCCGGGACCACUGCGCAGGAUUGGUCACCCUGCCAGAGGCAGGGAGCCGGGGUGGCGUCGACUACCAGCUGCUGACCAUGGCUCUUCUGGCAGUCAACGCGCUGCUGGUGCUCUGCCUUGCGGCUUGGGCCUCGCGCUGGCUGCGGAGGAAGCUGCGCGCCAGACGGAAAGGCGGGGCCCCGGUCCACGUGCGCCACAUGUACUCCACCCGACGGCCCCUGCGCUCCAUGGGCACCGGCGUGUCCGCGGACUUCUCGGGAUUCCAGUCGCACCGGCCACGCACUACGGUGUGCGCGCUCAGCGAGGCAGACCUCAUUGAGUUCCCCUGCGACCGCUUCAUGGACAGUGCUGGCGGUGGCGCAAGUGGCAGCUUGAGACGGGAGGAUCACCUCCUACAAAGAUUUGCAGACUAGGUCAAGGCUUCCAGGCUUGUGGAGACUAUCUUGUUGGCCUUGAAGAGCCACCUUUCCGUGGGGCUCCCCAACCCCUCUAACAGAAGGUCUGCUUUAUCAGACCAGAGAGGCCACAGGGGACAGAGAGCCAAUCUGGGUACCACCGUCCACUUCUUUGCUCCCAGGU